ACUGGGUUUAACAUCGCAUCGCACUUCAAACAAAAUAAACAGUCGGAACACGUGUUUGUGUUGGUAAGCAGUGUCAAAAUACUGCUGAGGAUAGUAUUGUUUUAUUUUACCAUAUUAUUUUUAUAAUUCGUUUAAAAAGCGAUGAAUAAAUUUACUGGAUUUAGUGAUCUUUGUAUACCUUAUAACAAUGCACCUCAAGAACUUCUAGGAAUAUUGAACGAGCUGGUUGAACUUGGAUACAAAAACGUAGCAAUUGAACAAAUAUACGAUCACGAUAGUUGUGAUAAGAAAGGAGAUACAAUUCCGGCACCCAUUGAUCUGAAACCUUUAAGCGAAAAACUUAAUGGACGUCUGAUCUUGCUGAAUCGAUUGACUAUUAUCUAUUCGGAAAACACCAUUACGUUGAUAACUAAUCGCUCGUUGAACCUUCGUGGAUAUCAUUUAGUGGCAGUAAUCCCCAGAACGGAAGAUGCUUUUCAACAUGCUUGUCAAUCCAUGCAGUGCGAUAUCGUUUCUUACAACUCGUCCACAGUCCGGUGCAAAAUGAGCAGGAAGUCCUAUUUCGUUGCAGUCAAUAGGAAUAUUAUGUUCGAAAUAAAAUAUGCUCCGGCCAUUACAAAUUCCAAUGAUCGGAAGGACAUUAUUAACCGAGCUCACAAGUACCAUUCGUAUGGGAAAUCAAAAAAUGUUGUAAUAAGCAGCGAAGCGAGAAAUCGGUUCCAAAUACGGGGACCGUAUGACAUAGCUAAUCUUGGACUCAUUUUGGGGCUAAGUGAAGAGCAAUCGAAAAAUGCCAUUCUUGCUUUGCCGAGGAAAGUGCUCAUCAACGCCGAGACUCGAAGGCACGGUAAAGCUGGUGUCGUGGUGAGCAUGCGCCAAAACGCGAUUGACAGCGAUGACUAUACAGACUCGGAAGUUGAUGAACCAAUCAGCGAUAGUGAUGAGAAAGAUUCCGAAGAAAUAACGGAAUAUGAGAAUAUGAUGGACGAAAAUCAAGAGCCACCUCGAAAAAUAUCAAAAAUUAUUUGAAGUCGUUUCAGUAAAUAAAAAACAAAUAAAAUAUUUUUUGUCAUAAAA